AUGCUGCUCAAGUGAUGGGCGUACAGAAGGAGGAUACCCUUACGUGUUCCCACUGUACAGAGCAACAAAAAGCAAAUGAUAUUCUUUUCUACUCGUGCCUGCUUUCUGCAGGGGCUAAAACCUCCUGGAAAUCAGCAGUUUUUUUAAUUUUCUCUCCUGCUCUUCUUUUCCUUUGUUGACAAACUGCUCCUGCGAUGCUAUUGCGGUCGCUUUAAAGGAUAAAAGAAAAAAAGCUCCUGACAGGAGGCUGAAGCAUCGCGGAUAUAUCCCCUCAUCAUUGUGCAUCACUUUAAUCCAGGUGAUCUUAUUGGAUUGAGGCUUCUUUCUUCGCAUGCAUGGUGGACUCGGACACUUUGGGGGGAAUUGCACCUGCCAUGAGAGAAAGGAGGACGAACAGAAACACAUGGAUGGAUUCACUCCCUAGACCUUACAUCGGACUGUUAAGUCUGAGCAACCUGAUCUCUCAUUGCUUCGCAUUGGAGCUUUAACAGUUUUGUGUGUUUUUUUUUUUUACCCGUGUGAGAGGAUGACAGCUGAUCGCUCCUCCUCUCUGCUGACCGGGAUAAAAAGGCGCUCCAACUGAGCGCGCCGCCUCCUCCUCAGCUGUGUGACAAUAGAUGGGGGCGCACAGGGUGGAACAUUUGGCUUCCUCCUCAUUAGGCUCUCAGUCCCUCAAAGAUUUCACACAGAACGUUAUUAAGCUGCCUCACUGAUUCAUUUCCCAUUUCUAAAAUAUCAGCCCCUCCAUUAAUGGGUUCACCUCUCCACAUGGAUGGAAACUUCACUUCCUCUUCUUGCUCCUCUUUAAUGCUUUGCAUUAAACCCGUGAGCGGAGGGGAUGAUCCUUGAGUGGCCGAUGAAAUAAUCAGCGUCGCGGUGUCAGCAAAGGGCUUUGAGCCCCAGGGGAUUUGGGUAGAUUAUCGCUAGAGUGCUAUUUUGCUCAUCCGGUCACACUCUCUGCGGAGCAGCAGCCUUUUUGUGAUCGCUUUGGCCAAAGUGCAUGUAAACUCUGAGAGAGGAGGAGGAGGAAAAAUAGAGAGAAGCAGGAGGGGAUUCUUAAAGCAAUGCCUCGCAUAGAGGUGUUUGGAUCCAGGUCUGAGGACGCGGCCGGUUUGCCGUCACGCCGCGGAUGUUGCGGGAUUUGACACGCCGCGGGUUGGUAGUAAACAGUGAGCGCGUCGGGAUGCCGUUACUGUGAUUUCCUAGAGAAGACAGAGAGAGGAGUCAAACAGCGCCUUCCAGGACUGCUCUCCCCGGACCCACGUCUCCUAUCCACCGGAGGAUGUUUCAGCGAGGAUGCUGCGCUUCCCCGUGAAGAAGAUCCGGAAGCAGUUCAAGCUCCUGCUGCUGCUGGUGCUGCUCACCUCGGCCGUUUGGUUCACCUAUCUGCACAUCAACCAGGGCAAGACCAUCAAGCUGCACUUUAACUACGGAAAAGAUGGAGAGAGACAGACGGAUGGGACGGAUGCCAGCCGAAAGAGGGACGCUCGCUCCUCUGCCGGACACCACAAGAGCGAGGACACCAGUGACAGUAGGGAGGAUGAGGCAGCAGAUGAUGAGCCAAUUGUUGGAGGUGCUGGGAGCAGAUACCAAACCCACAUUCGAAAGUUUCUUAGCCAGAAACACAAGAAGUUACUAUGGAAUCCAGAGUAUAAGGGCCAAGCCAACCUACACGUAUUUGAAGACUGGUGCGGCUCCUCUAUAGACCAGCUAAGAAAGAACCUGCACUUCCCUCUCUAUCCUCAUACCAGAACCACAGUAAAGAAGCUAGCGGUGGCUCCAAAGUGGAAGAACUAUGGCUUGAGAAUAUUUGGUUUCCUUCACCCUUACAAAGACGGUGAUUUCCAGUUCUCUGUAUCGUCUGAUGAUAACUCAGAGUUCUGGUUGAGCCCUGAUGAGAGUCCUCUCAAUGCCAGACUGCUAGUUUAUGUUGGCCAGCUGGGUACAGAGUGGACUGCUCCAGGCGAGUUCACCAAGUUCAGGUCCCAGUCCUCCAAAUCUGUGCACCUGAUCUCAUCCAGGCGAUACUAUUUUGAGAUUCUUCACAAGCAGGAUGACAAGGGGUCAGAUCAUGUGGAGGUUGGGUGGCGACCAUUUCUCCCUGGUCUGAAAUAUGAAGUGAUAGACUCUGCAUACAUCUCCCUCUACACAGAUGAGUCCAGUCUGAAGAUGAACAGUGUGGAGCACAUCCCUCAGACCUUGGCCAGUCACAUACGUCUCCCAGAGGAGCUUGGGAGAGCCACCAUCACACAGCAUGGAGCGGAUAUGCUAAAGCCAGAUCCCAGGGACUCUUUUUACAGCACACCAAUGAUUGAUCCCGCUCGGCUGCAAAACGUUCUCCCAGCGUGCCUCUACUCUCCAACCUACGUAGUCAAAGAUUUCCCAAUAGCCAGAUACCAAGGCCUUCAGUUUGUCUACCUAUCUUUUGUCUACCCUAAUGACUUCACACGUCUCACCCACAUGGAACGGGAAAACAAAUGUUUCUACAGAGAAUCCCCUAUCUACUUGGAAAAAUUUGGUUUCUACAAAUAUAUGAAGAUGGAUGAGAAAGAAGAUGACAGACCGUUCUUUUUCCCCAACCCAGAUGAUUUUCUUGAGGAAGAGGAGGUGGUGGAUGCAGAAGAUGAGGCAGAGAUUGUUGGCACGCAGUCGGUUGGAAAGUCCUCUCAUCCAAGUCAGUCCAGUCUUGUGCAUAACACUUCCAAUCAGCACUCAAAAAAUGGAGCCACAGCGGUUAGCAGAGAGGAGGAGGAAGCUAAGGAGGAGCCCAAAGAAGAAGGAGAUGAGGAGGAGAUGGGAGAUGUUGAGAAUAUCGUACGCCACAGAAAAAGGAAACAGUCCUCACACAGAGAUAAGCAAAUGGAGAGAAUUCUGGACAGAGACUGGGGAAGGGAUCAUACCAACGCAAACAGAAGACAAUAUAGCAGAGAAGUACUUGAUGAAGACCAACCCAUUGCUGUGCUGCCAGAUGUGGACAGUGUGGUCAGGGGUCGCUCUUUGGCAUGGGUCUAUACAGGUCCUUCUGAAAAAGACCCAAACAAAAAAGGUAAAUCUCAAGGUGGUGGAGGAGAUCCUGAGGCGCCUCCUAAAAUCAGCAAGCCUUCACUCAUUUUCCCUCAGAGGUCCUCCCUCUCUGCACUCACCAGCAAAGCAAAGCAGAUCCUGAGCAAUUCUGCCCAUAGCAACCAACCCCAUAAUAGUAGCAACAAGCCUGUUGGGAGCAAGAAGGAGAAGAAAGAUGAGAACAAGAUCUACAUCACUAGGCCUCGGCCUGCAAAGGAGAGAGAAAAAGAAAGGGAACAGCGACGAGAAAGAAGGGAGGAGAGGGCAUCUCGUCAUCCAAGAGAGGUGUUUCCAGGAGUCUUUUUGUACCAAACUGGGAAGACUACAAAACUGGUAAACUUGGGUCCAAGAAGACAUGGUGGAAGAGGUGGCACAGGGGUGAGGCACCUUAUUGGUGCCCCUCAACUUUGGCUCAACCGGCCAACUAAAGAAAGUAAGGCAGCAGUUAACAAUAAGAGUUAUAAAAUACAGACUGAAAUGGCAGAGAAGUCCGGUAACAAAGCAGCAAUAGCAAAACAUACAGAAAAAAUAAAAAAGAGAGGGGAAUCCCAAGAUAUAGGGACUGCUGUCACAGCUGACCUGCCCGAUAAAAGGGACUUCCAAAUCCCUCUGUCCUUCCAUCAAAAGCCCCCUCCGACCCAAGCCUCUGAAACAAGGUUAAGCUAUACAGAAAAUACAAUCCACAAUCAGCUACGGGUCACUUCUUACCUUAGGACCUCAGAGAUUACAGAAUCGCAGCGUCAGCUAAACCCAGAAUCCCAUCCUGCAGACAUUGAGCAAGAUACAAACCGCUCUAAUCCUGACCCUGAUCCAGAGCAAGAGCUGGAACCAGAGGAGGGAGAAAUGUCGGACUACAGCUACGAAGAGGUGGAGGUCCGGCCAGGUUGGGCGGAGGAGAGCAUCAACUGGCAGAGGACAUUCUCAGUUAAUCCGAUGGACUUUGAGCUACUGCGGUCGGAUUGGAAUGACCUGCGCUGUAAUGUGUCUGGCAACCUCCAGCUGGCAGAGAGUGAAGUGGUGGAUGUGCUGGCACAGUACAUGGAAAAACUCAAUGAACGUAACGGAGGGAUUUACACCCUGCUGAGAAUCAUCAAUGUUGAGAAGCGUCGUGAUUCGGCGAGGGGGAACCGCUACCUGGUAGAGCUGGAGUUGAUGGAGAGAGGCCGCAGUGUGGUACGACUCUCAGAGUACAUUUACCUGUUGCUGCACCGUGGAAGACAAGGAGAAGAAAGCGUAGAGAACACGGACACUGCUCCAGCCUCUGCCCCGGCCGUGCUUCCCUCCGCACCCACAACCAGCUUCACAACCCAGCACCCAUCUCCUUCCACUAGGUCCUCACUGCGGCCUGGAGCAACACCGUGGAGCACUGCUUAUGCUAAGCCUCUUCUCUGCCAGCCUGUCAUGCUGCAGUGGAAGCGAGAUGUCAUGGUGCACUUUGUGGUGCCAGUGAAAAACCAGGCUCGUUGGGUACAGCAGUUUAUUUCGGACAUGGAAAAUCUUCACCGGCAAACAAAGGAUGACAACUUCAGCAUCAUCAUCGUCGACUUUGAGAGUGAGGACAUGGACGUGGAGCAUGCUCUCAGAGAGAGCAGUGUGCCAAAAUAUGAGUAUCUCAGAAGAGAGGGGAACUUUGAGCGCUCUGCAGGACUGCAAAUUGGAGUGGACACCAUUAAGGACAGCCACAGUAUUGUUUUCCUGUGUGAUCUGCAUAUACACUUCCCUCUCAACAUACUGGAAAGCAUCAGGAAGCACUGUGUGGAGGGACGCCUUGCGUUUGCCCCCAUCGUCAUGAGGCUGAGCUGUGGUAGUUCACCCAUGGAGCCCGAUGGUUAUUGGGAAGUUAAUGGCUUCGGUCUGUUUGGGAUUUACAAGUCAGAUUUCGACAAGAUUGGAGGAAUGAACACAGAGGAAUUCAAAGACCGCUGGGGAGGAGAAGAUUGGGAACUUCUGGAUAGAGUGCUGCAGAACGGUUUGGAAGUGGAAAGGCUACGUUUAAGGAACUUCUUUCACUACUACCACUCCAAAAGAGGCAUGUGGAAUGCUCAGAACAAGAAAACUCCAAAAGGAUAGUUGGACAUUUUGCUCAGAUUAUCCUGAAACCCACCUACAGACCCACUGUGUUACAGAGAGACUAGUAAGAGCUCACUCACUGCCUGAACUUUGCCCUUUUUUUCAGAACAGGCUUUAACGAGAGGCUCUGUUUCCCUACCGGGUUCUGUUGCAAAAUUAGUCUGGGUGAGGAAACUGAGUCCAAAUGGGAGGUUUUGGGGGGGGCGUCACUCUCUCCGCAGACAGGCCUGAGUCAUCACUUCGCCUCACUGACUGAACUACUGUACAGAGAAAAGUUAUUUUUGUCUUUUUUCUCUGUUCUUUUUGGUGCAAUUUUUUUCAGACAGAAUGGAAAGAAGCCGUUUUGUGAAUGGAGGUGUGUGCGGAGGUUUGUAUGUACGGGUGUGUAUGUGUGGGUGUGCUUGGGUGUGCUUAAGAUUAAAUUAAGCACCUUUUUCUAACAUGAUGUAAAAACAACCUAAGAGCUUUUUCUAACCUGCUCUUCCAUUUGAGCUAAAUAGAAUGUCCAUCAAAUGUUAUGUAUCUGAUUCACAUCUUGUGACCUACAGAAGCUUAUAGUAGAGGUAACGCAGUAUUUCUAAAUGCAUCAGCAACUACAUGCUGGAUGAUAGAGGUGCUGAUCUCUUAACUAGAUCCGUUCAUCCUCCAGUCAUUUACAUUCUUUUAUUCUUUUUAUGUUCAAAUACUUUUCAAUCCACUUAAAUAUUCCAUUGUAAUGUCAGGACAAUAAAUUAAAGUACGUUCUUGUUACAAAUGGCUAUCUUUGAAAACUCUGUUUACUUAGGUCUAUGCUGCUGUUGUUUGAAUAGAAGAUUCAUUUAUCCUCAAUGAUGCAGUAACAUGAGUGGGUGCUCUUUUGUUUGGUUUUGAAUAAACUUUAAGUUGUACUCUGUAACUUCGACAAACAAGAAAUAUUUUACCGUUCCUAAUUUUUUUGUGAACAGGAAAACAAAACUAUUCGUGUUAAUUUACAGUCGGCUGAGUGUUUCAGAGUGUACAGUGUUUGCCUGGCAUACGACAAUCCUGGUAGAGAUGUAUAAAAAGCCUUUAUCUUAUUUCAAUAAACAAAAACAAUUCUAUUUUUUUAUUUAAAGUUCAUUUAUUCAGUGAAGAAAAAAAAAACUUUUGGAAAAUCUUUCAAUAAACUAUGUUUAAUGGUUAUUUAUGUGUAAACUUAGC